GACGCGGUUUGCUGCCGGGGAAACGGGAGUUUUGGGGUUGUGCGGGAUUGUGCCGGCGGAGUAAGAGCUCCCGCCAUUUCUCUCAGCCAGGAAUUAACCUCUUGUGUGUUGCUGUGUACUUUUUACAACCGUGUACUUUACUUGUUGCAUUCGUAACUUUGAACAGCAAGAAUAGCGACAGAUAAAAUUCCGUCUGUUAAAAGAGGCCUAGCCAGUUAAGAAGACCGGGGAGUAGAGAACGCGCCAGACCCCCUGACGGGAGCCUGUGCUUUGCAGCGAGUUCGUGAAUCCUGCGAGGCGCGCAUCUCCAUCCUUUUUUCGGACUAGCAGAAGUUUACUCCAGAUAAUCAUAGUAGUGUAAUUUUAUCAGCCAUCUUAUUUUUUACGUGAUGCAUAAACAUGGCAUAACCAGCGGCGAACAGAACAUGGAUGCGAUGUAGCUGAUAGCAAGAAGUGAUGUGUUAUUGUUUUGCAGCGAGGAAUUAUCUGGCUAGCAAACUACUACCCUGCUAGCUAGCUAGUUUGAUGCUACACGUUGUGCUCGCCGGUAACGUGGACAGUCCUCGGUGACAUUUGUUGUGUACUUGGAUACAUGCUAAGGCUAUAUUAUCUUAUUUUGAGUAGUUCUGUGCUAGGAGACUUAUUUCUAAAGUCGACAUUACUGACGUUUUGGACUUACGAUGGCACCGCUUUUGGGCCGGAAACCCUACCCGCUGGUUAAGCCGCUAGCCGAGCCGCCAGGCCCAGCGGAGGAGGUCUACAUCAUCGAACACACCAAGGAGGCCUUCAGGAACAAAGAAGAGUACGAAGCCAGGCUGCAAAGGUACAGCGAGCGCAUCUGGACCUGCAAGAGCACUGGCAGCGCCCAGCUCACUCACAAAGAGGCCUGGGAGGAGGAGCAAGAAGUCACAGAACUCCUCCAGGAGGAGUAUCCCCUGUGGUUCGAGAGGCCUGUUCUGGAGAUGGUCCACCACAACACUGUGUCUCUGGAUAAGCUAGUGGACCAGGCCUGGGUGGAGAUCCUCACCAAGUACGCUGUGGAUGAAGAGUGUGACUUCCUGCUGGGGAAGGAUAAAAGUCUGCGUGUGAAGAUAGUGAAGAUCCACCCUCUGGAGAACCCCGAGGGGGAGGCAGCCGAGAAGAAGCUAGAGGGGGCCUGCGAUUCUCCCUCCAGUGACAAAGAGAAUGCUAGCCAGGAGAACCAGAAGAAGGAGCUGCUGCCCCGGGAGGAGGAGAGCAGCCGGAGAGAGAGUCUCAGUGACCGGGCACGUAGAUCUCCCAGGAAACUGCCCACCAGUGUAAAAGAAGAGAAAAAGAGAUGGGUUAUGCCCAAAUUCCUUCCACACAAGUAUGAUGUAAAGCUCAUAAAUGAGGAUAAGGUCAUCAGUGACGUUCCUGUGGACAGCCUCUUCCGGAGCGAACGUCCCCCGACCAAGGAGAUCAUGCGCUACUUCAUCAGACACUAUGCACUGAGGCUGGGGACAGGGGAGAGCGCCCCCUGGGUGGUGGAGGACGAACUGGUGAAGAAGUUCAAUCUGCCCAGCAAAUUCAGUGACUUCCUGCUGGAUCCAUACAAGUUCUUGGCUGAGAAUUCCACCACCAAACGCAAGAGCUUGACCUCACCAGAAGGAAAACCCAGCAAAAAACUCAAGACUUCCGAGUCCAGUGAAGAUCAAAACGAAAAGAGCGAGAAGAAGAAAAAGAAGAAGGACUCUGGGAACAUGCCGCUGAGCCCCACGCUCUGGGGCCACAUGCAGAAAAUGAAUGGCUCCCCUCUGAAAGUCAAAAAUGGAACCCCGAAGAAAGCAGAAGGUAAAGGAUCUGCCACUCCAAAGUCAGGCAAGAGGCCCGGAAACAAGAAGAGCAGCAAGAGCGGGAGCAACCUCAAAUCCUCCAAAACCGAUAAAGGUGGAUCCAAGAAACCCAAGAUGAAGCAAAUGACCCUGCUGGACUUGGCCAAGAACGCACCUGCCGGCAGCCCCAAGAAAAGAUCCCGCAGCUCUGGACCCGGGACGCCCAAGCUGGGCAAGCCCCUGCCCCCCAUGGCCCUGCACCUCCUGCGCUACUACAAGGAGAACAAGGGCAAGGAGGACAAGAAGAAUGCCCUGUCCUCCCUCAUCUCCAAGGCAGCCAAGGCCCUGUCUCCGGAUGACCGCAACCGCCUCCCCGAGGAGCUGAAGGACCUGGUGCUGAAACGCUGGGAGCUGCUGGAGCAGAAGCGGCUCUGGGCCGCCAUGAGCGAGGAGGAGAAGCAGGACGUGAUGCGCAAGAAGCGCGAGGAGAUCAAGGAGAAGCUGAGGGAGAAGGCCAGGGAGCGCCGCGAGAAGGAGAUGCUGGUGCGCCGCGAGCAGCAGCGCCGCUACGAGGACCAAGAGAUCAAGGGCAAGAGCCUGCCCACCUUCAAGCUGGUGGACAUGCCCGAAGGACUGCCCAACGCCUUGUUUGGAGACGUCGCCAUGGUGGCCGACUUCCUCAACUGCUACGCGGGCCUGUUGAUGCCAGACGACCAGUAUCCUAUCACGGCCGUGGCGCUGAUGGAAGCCCUGGCUGGGGAGAAGGCAGGCUUCCACUACCUGAACCGGGUGCUGGUGGUGCUGCUCCAGACCCUGCUCCAGGACGAGCUGGCCGAGGGCUACAGUGAGCUGGACAUGGCCCUGUCAGAGAUCCCCCUCACCAUGCACUCCGUGUCCGAGCUGGUGCGCCUGUGCCUGCGGCCGUGCGACGCCCAUGGCGAGCAGAGCGGCCAGGGCUCGGACGACUGGGCCCUGGGAGGCUUCGACGACGUGGUGACCAGCGAGUUCCUGGAGCGCCUGGAGACGGUGGAGGUGUUUGAGCUGACCCCGCAGGACAAGACCAGCCUGCUGGUGGCGCUUUGCCACCGCAUCCUCAUGACCUACUCCGUGGAGGACCACGUGGAAGCCAUGCACCAGCGCUCGGCCGAGCUCUGGAAGGAGCGCCUCGCCUCGCUCAAGGAGGUCAACGACCGCAAGAGGGCGGAGAAGCAGCGGCGCAAGGAGCAGAUGGAGGUCAAAGGGGACGGGCCCACGCCCACGGCCAGGCCUGAGAAGGAGGGGACCGCCAAGAAGGAGGGGAAGGCGGAGGUGAAAAAGGAGGGGAAGGCGGAGGUUAAAAAGGAGGGGAAGGCGGAGCCGGACCUUGAUGACAUGAUCAGCUCGGUGAAGAGCAGGAGGCUGAUGUCCAUCCAGGCCAAGAAGGACAAGGAGGAGCAGGACAGGCAGAACAAGGAGCGCAUGGAGAAGGAGGCCGAGGAGGAGCGCGUCCGGAAGCAAAAGGUCUCUGCCGAGAGGGCCUUCCAGGACGGCAUCCUCAAGGCUAAGCUGGUUUUCAGGAGAAUCCCCCUGGGAACGGACCGCAACCACAACAGGUACUGGCUGUUCUCAGACGUGGUGCCUGGCCUGUACAUUGAGAAGGGCUGGGUGCAUGAGAGCAUCACCUACAGCUACACCCCCCCUGCUGAAGAGACCAGCGGCGAGGAAGAGGAGGAGGAGGAGGAGGAGGAAGAGGGUGGCGACGAAGAGGAGGAGGAGGAAGACAGCAUCGAUGGUGCUGAGGCGGCCCAGUCUGGAGCGCUGGCUGACGUCUGCAGAGAGACCACGGUCCCCAAACAGGGACAGAACCUCUGGUUUGUGUGCGACACGCCUACAGAACUAGAGGAGCUGGUGGAGAACCUCCAUCCUCAGGGAGUCCGAGAGAGUGAGCUGAAGAAUAAGCUGCAAGUUAGGUACCAGGAUGUCCUCCACUCUAUCUACCUGACCCGCAAGAACCGGAUAGGCCUCCGGACCUGUGAUGGCCACCAGGAGCUCCUCAAGUACCUCCGCAGUGACAUCAUGGAGGUGGCCUCGCGUCUGCACAAGGGGGGCCUUGGCUACCUGGAGGACAACACUCUCUUCGAAAACAAGUUGCGGAACAUGGAGAAGCUGAAGGAGUUUGGAGAGUGCAUCAUCACCGUCCAAGACUGCGUGAUCAAGAAGUUCCUCCAGGGCUUCAUGGCUCCCAAGCAGAAGAAGAGGCGGAAGCAGGCGGGCGGGGAGGAGAGCAGCAAGGCCGAGGAGGUGGACGAAGACAAGAAGCUGGCGGAGGAGGCCAGGGUGGCGACGGCGGUGGAGAAAUGGAAGACGGCCAUCCGCGAGGCCCAGACCUUCUCCCGCAUGCACGUGCUUCUGGGCAUGCUGGACUCGUGCAUCAAGUGGGACAUGUCGGCGGAGAACGCUCGGUGCAAGGUGUGCAGGAAGAAAGAGGAUGACAAGCUGAUCCUGUGUGACGAGUGUAACAAGGCCUUCCACCUGUACUGCCUGCGUCCUGUGCUGUACCGGAUCCCUGCUGGGGAGUGGCUGUGCCCUGCCUGCCAGCCCACAGUGGCACGCCGCUACUCCCGCGCCAGGAACUACAAUGAGGAUACGGAGGAAGAGGAGGACAGGGAGUCUGAGGAGGAGUCUGAGGAAGAGGAGGACGAUGAAGAGGAGGACAACGACUACAAAGCCAUGGGGCACAGCUUAAGACCACGGAAGAAGAAGAACAAACAGCUGUCGUCGCGCUCCAAAGGGUCCAGUAAGCACAGGUCUAAGAAACACUCUCCCCCUAGUGGUCGGGGCAGCAAACAGCGGGCCCGGCCCAGCAGCCCUGCUGACAUAGAUGAGUUGGUACGACAGAGCACCAAGACUGGUGUGAGCCGGCAGGUUCUGGAACUGGAGCGCUGCGAGGAGAUCCUCCAGAAAAUGAUCAAGUUCCGCUACAGCUGGCCCUUCAGAGAGCCUGUGUCCGCUGACGAGGCGGAAGACUACCUAGACAUCAUCUCCAGCCCCAUGGACUUCCAGACCAUGCUGGCCAAGUUCUCCAAGGAGUACCGUCACGCGCAGGACUUCCGAGACAUGAAGCUGGUGUUCUCCAACGCCGAGGAGUACAACCAGGCGGGCAGCUCGGUGCUCUCCUGCAUGACCAAGCAAGCGAGCGGCUGUGAGCACCAGCAGAGAAACUACCAGGAGCAGGAGAGUGACAGCGAGCGUGACCGGAGAACUCGCCGGCAGGGGGGCCAGGGGGGCGGCGGGGCUGGCAGCAGUGACGAGGACAGGCCAGCCAGCGACAUUCCAAGAGGAGGAAACGCUCCUCGUGAAGUCCAGGGGGCUUCAGUGUCUCUUGAAUUCUUCUGCCCCUUCUAA